UUAUCCUGACGUACAAUACAAUACGAAAAUUAAUAACUAUUACAAUAAUUCAGGAAAAAUUUAACUCGCGAAGAAACUAACAGAUUCUUCAUAUAUUAAAAGUGUAAACUGUACAAAUGAUGAUUACGAAUGUCGUACAACCUUAUAAUUUACCACGCACGGUUAUAUGAAAUAGAAACAUUUCCGAUAUUGGAGGCAAAUUUUGAAUUAUCAACAAAAAAUAGAAGAUAUAAAACUUUUCAAAUGCAAGAUAUUUCUGACGAUAGUACAGACAUGAAGAUAUUACCAAUGAAUGAAGUACUCAAACCAAUAAGUUGGUUGAAAGGAAUAUGGAGAACUAAAGAUCCUGGAAUUGGUAAAUUUCCAACAAUUAAAACUUUCAAAUAUUGUGAAGAAAUGUCUUUUUCCUCUAUCGGUCAACCAAUGUUUAAUUACUCUGCAAGAAGUUGGAGGGCCAUUGAAAGAACACCAUUGCAUUAUGAAGUUGGAUUUUUGAAAAUAAUACCCAACACAAAUAAAGUUUACAUGCUAUUGUCUCAUAACAUUGGUGUGACAACAAUAGAAGAAGGAGUGUUUGAGGAUAAAGUCAUUAAAUUGAAAACUACUCAAAUAGCAAGGCCAUCGGAAGGAACAAAACCACCUAUAGUACUUGAGCUUCGUAGGAAAUUUGAACUUAUUGGAGACUGUCUGCAUCAUACGUUAUGUAUGGCUACAGAAAACACAGAAUUACAAGAACAUUUACAUGCAGUUUAUGUCAAAAAAUGUGAAGAUACUCCAUGAAAUUAUACAAUAUAAUUUUAACAAAUUGUACAGUACAAUGCAUGUGUAAAUUAUUAUUAGUAAAAUUUUGAAAUUGUUA